UAGAAAACUAUUAUUCCAUGUGAAUUGUUGACAUUCUCAAUAAACCAACUAUUUGGAACUAUUCUUGUGUAAAAAAACAAGCAAAUAAAAUAGUAGGAUUAUAAUUUAGUUAAGAUUACAUUUGGCUGAUAUCAGAUUGUAUAAAUUUAGAAAUGCCCUCUAAAAAGAAAAAGUAUAAUGCGCGGUUUCCGGCGGGCCGUAUUAAGAAAAUUAUGCAGAGCGAUGAAGAAAUUGGUAAGGUUGCACAGGCGGUUCCCGUUAUCAUUUCACGGACUUUGGAGCUGUUUGUGGAGUCACUUUUAACUAAAACAUUGCGCAUAACAAAUUCGCGAAACGCCAAAACUUUGUCACCAUCCCAUAUGAAACAGUGCAUCAUGUCCGAACAAAGAUUCGAUUUUUUAAAAGAGCUUGUGAGGAAUAUACCAGACAUUAGCGUCGCCGAGGAAGCUGCGUUUAAUUAUAAUGACGAUGACAUACAUAGCUCGGAGGAACAAUAUCCAGACUCGGAUACGCCAUAUGACCUUAGUCUUCCGUCAACAUCACUACGAGCGUUGCCCAACGGAAACACUCCCUAUGUGCGCUCGAUUAGUUUAAACGGAGGCGGACAGAAACGAAAUCACAAUUCAUCCACACCUUCAGUAAUAGUGCAAACAGCAGGAGCUUUGGAAAAUAUGCAUCACCAGACAGGACAUUUGCCCACGAAGCUAGCACGUUCUGAAUCAACGCCUGCAUAUACUCCGCGUGGCAGGCCACCGAACACCAAUGACCAUAACAGUAGUCGACAACCACAAGACGCUGCCAUACCUGCACCAAUAUGCAACUACGAAUUGCUAAACAAGCCUGUUGUUAAAAUUGAUUAUAGCAACGUUCAAAUGACAACAUUGGGCCCGACAGACACUGAUACCGGCAGCACAUCUAAUGCAAUGUUAAACUUAAAUAUUGCGCCCCCAGUUAUAAAUAUUGAUCUUACAAAUAUUGUAGCAGCUGGCGAGUUACCCACCUCAGCGAAGAUUAGCUAUGGAAUAUUGUCAACAGAUAAGAUCAGCGCGAGUGGAACCAACAAUAACUCAAUCGCUAAAAUUGGGUCGUCCGUCAACUACAUCGCUGGAAAGAGCAAAACUCCAAUCAUUCCAAAGGUCCCUUCGGCAUCAGCACCAAUAAGUGAAUCGCUUUUCGAAUUAGAUGAAGACUAUGACAACAUUUAAGUAGAAUAAUAUGUAUAUUAGGUUUACGUAAGCAAGUUAAUAAUUUUGGCGAAUAAAGACCAUGUUGGAUUUUAAACUGUGAA